UCCUCAAGAAAAAACGUUAAACCCUUCAACAAAUCCUCAGAAAAAAAAGAAAAAACUUCCGGUGAUCGGACGGUAACGGAGAUGGGUCAAAAAGGGGUUAUAUCACCGGCGAAGAAACUGUUUUCAUGGGUUCGAAGACAAUCGAAGAAAGUGAAAAUCUUUUUGGGUUUAACCACAACGCUUACGUUAUUGGUUACUCUCAAGUUGGUCGUCCAUGAUCACAACUACUUCUUUGUUAUGGCUGAAGCUAUUCAUUUGAUUGGGCUUUUGGUUUUGAUUUACAAAUUGACCACCCUCAAAACUUGCUCUGGUCUUUCAUUGAAGACUCAAGUGCUUACAGCUAUAUUUUUGGCCGUAAGAUUAUACUGUAGCUUUAUCAUGGAAGCGGAUAUCCACACAGUGCUAGAUCUAAUCACUCUUGUGGCAACAUUGUGGGUUAUAUAUAUGAUGAAGUUCAAGCUGAAGUCAUCCUACAUGGCAGAUCUGGAUAACAUGCCCUUAUAUUAUCCGAUAGUUCCUGCCGCUGUUAUAGCCUUCUUUGUCCAUCCUACUACAACUCAUAUUCUCAUCAACCGGAUGCUUUGGGCUUUUUGUGUGUACCUGGAAUCUGUCUCGGUGCUUCCUCAGCUUCGCUUGAUGCAGAAUGUUCAGAUAAUUGAACCAUUUUCAGCCCAUUAUGUUUUCGCACUGGGUGUUGCAAGAUUCUUGGGUUGUGCUCAUUGGAUUAUUCAGGUUUAUGACACUGCUGGAGCAUAUAUUUACUUGGCUGGACGCGGUUACUUCUGGAUACCAAUGGUCUUUUUGGCAGAAAUUGUUCAAACGUUUAUCUUGGCCGAUUUCUGUUACUAUUAUGUAAAGAGUGUUAUGAGCGGCCAAUUGAUCGUUCGCCUACCAACGCCGGUGUAAAAUGCUAGUGGCUUUAUCAACAGAGACUCUAGCAUUUGUUAGUUCUCAAGUUAUUAUGUGAAAUUAACUUGGAGUUUUUAGUCUAUCCUAUCUUCUUUUUUUUUUUUUUUGAGAAAGAAGCAAAAGUUUUUUGUUUUGGAGAUUUACAUUUUCUGAAUUUGAUAUCUCAAUCACAUAAGUUUGGAUUUAAUCGUGUACUGCAUUAGGAUAUCAGAACUUAUAUAGAUCUUUGCCUUUCUUUUUCCCCCCCUUUUCGCUAGUACAGGAGAUUGUUAUAUCAUAAACGUAGUGGAAAUUGAAGAAGAAAUAUUUCAGAA